UUGUCUGUUGCACUUUUCACAAAUUCCAAAAUGUCGAUAAAAAAUCUUCAUUUGCAAGAAUUCAGAGGAAGAAUUGAUUCUAUUUUACCAAACAAAGCUUGCAUACUGUUCAGUCGGCAUAAUAAAGAAGAGCGAGCCUUAGUGAUGUAUGACAGGGUUAAAAUUUGUGGCUCAAGUUUACCAGAAAAUGGAAAACUUGAAGAUUACUUGAAUGAAGGAACAGUCGUUUCUUUUUCUGCUCAUCAAAUAAACGAAUCGGGACUAGACAGAUGUGGAUGGUUUGUCACACAGAUAAUGCACGAUGUCGCGAAUCGUAAAUUGUUUCCUCAUCUGUAUUGCAAUGACAUAGCAACACCCGGUGUGAUCAACAGAAGGGGAACCAUUACUCCUUAGCCAACAGAC